CUUGUGACAGUACAUCAACUGGGACCAACACUUUCGCCUGUGACGAGACAAUGAACAAAUAAUUUUCAUUUAGUAUCAGAAUUCCCGACAAAAAUGUAAAUCCCAGCUAAGUUAUCCGUCGAGUACUACUAGGUCAACUAGUGCUUUAGUUUGGUGCUAUGUGCGCUUUAAAAUGAGUCAUGAUCUGUCUUCCAUAUUUGGCCGUUAUCUUAGCCACGAAGAAGUGAACCACUACCUCACGGAUUUAGUGCAGAAAUAUUCAAACAAGAUCCAAAUUUUCUCCAGUGCACAUUCCUUCGAGGGACGCGAAAUACACACCAUACGAAUCAGCCCGAACAUCUUGCAAAAGAAGGCCAACGGUCGGUUCUACGUGCUGAUAGACGCCGGAAUUCAUGCCCGAGAAUGGAUUACGAUAUCCGUGGCACUGUACGUGGUGCACCAGUUGGUCGAGCGGGACGCAAUCAAUUCAAGACUGCUGCGAAAUUUUGACUGGAUCAUUUUGCCACUGCUGAACCCCGAUGGGUACGAGUACAGCCGAGAACAUAACAAAAUGUGGCGAAAGACUAGACGUCCCCUGGGACGGGACCGUUGCGUUGGAGUAGAUUGCAAUCGAAAUUUUAACGUGUCCUGGGGAAUUGGAACCCCGCAGUACUGCUCACUUGUGUAUCGUGGAGAACGCCCUUUCUCAGAAUGUGAAACUAGAAAUGUUCGGGAUAUCUUUCGGAUGCUGCGGCCCAAUUGCAGAUUCUACCUGUCGUUACACUCGCAUGCUAAAGCAAUUCUUUAUCCAAGGGCGUAUUCAAGAACCUUGCCACAAAAUUGGAAGCAUCAACACGAGGUGGCUCAAGCCGGUGCGGACGCCAUCGUAGGUGCGUGUGGUGUCAAAUAUCGUUGUGGUAGUGCAUCAUCCUUCCUCAAUAACGCCGUGGGAGGUUCGAGCAUCGAUUACGCACACGACAUUGAAAAAAUCCCUUUUGCGCUGGUGAUGGAAAUUGCCAGCAAGGGAUUUCAUCCGCCAGCAGAAGACAUUGCUCGAAUAUGCCAGGAAAGCUGGAUCGGUAUACAAGCUAUGGUAAUGCAGUUGGCAGUCAGUCCGAGGAUUUCUUUCACACGUAGUAAAACGGCCAUUUAGGUUCC